AUGUGUUUUGUGGAGCUGGACGGGAAUGUGCUGUCACUGAGAAGGGGGAACCCACCUGCCUCUGCAUUGAGCAACGCCUGCCUCACUGGGUCCAAAAUCCAGGUUGAUUACGACGGACCCUGCAAAGAGAAGAAGCAUGUAAGUCCAUCUGCCAGCCCAAUUGUUUGCUACCAGUCUAACCGCGAUGAGCUCCGGCGUCGCAUCAUCCAGUGGCUGGAAGCCGAGAUCAUUCCAGAUGGCUGGUUCUCGAAAGGCAACAACUACAGUGAAAUCCUAGACAAGUACUUUAAGAACUUUGAUAAUGGUGAUUCUCGCUUGGAUUCCAACGAAUUCCUGAAAUUUGUGGAGCAGAAUGAAACCGCCAUCAACAUUACCACGUAUGCAGACCAGGAGAACAACAAACUGCUUAGAGGACUUUGUGUUGAUGCUCUCAUUGAACUAUCUGAUGAAAAUGCUGACUGGAAACUCAGCUUCCAAGAGUUCCUUAAGUGCCUCAACCCAUCUUUCAACCCUCCAGAGAAGAAGUGUGCCCUGGAGGAUGAGACAUACGCAGAUGGAGCUGAGACUGAGGUGGACUGUAACCGCUGUGUUUGUGCCUGUGGGAACUGGGUGUGCACGGCCAUGACCUGUGAUGGAAAGAAUCAGAAAGGAUCCCAGACCCACACAGAGGAGGGAAUGACCAAAUACGCCCAGGAGCUCCAAAAGCACCAGGAAACAGCUGAAAAGACCAAGAAAAUGAGCACCAAAGAGAUCUAA